CCUGUUGUCUUGAAUAAUCCCUCGUUUGAUAUCCUCGAAUGGCAUCCUGCCCUUCAAUCUUGUCAAAGAUACUUCCUCGAUCACGCUCAAUAUGAGCCCGCCACGCAGGCCGUGUGCGCUCUGAUCAACAUCCGUCUACCUUUCCAAAACCUGGACUAUCCGAUCACAUCAUCAACGCAGCAACCACCGCUCUCGUCUUCUCCUACACAACACUACUACUACCCACCGCAACGCUCGUCCCCGAAUUCUCCGGGAGUGCAUCAAUCCGCCGCUCCACCAACCAUCUUCAUCUCCCUGAUCCCCUACAUCCGACGUCUCGUCGUCACAAAUUUCGACAAACCAGCCAUCCUGCACGGCUUCUUCGGCGACGACUGGUCCACCGGCAUCCUCCCACACGUGCAAUGCGAGCGACGCAACUACCUCUUCGCCGCGAAACACGGCGGCUGGCGCAGCUGCAAGAAGCAGUACGACGCCGGCAGCGGCUUCGGCCGUGCCGAUGAGAGCGUGCCGUUCCUGAAGCCCCUCAGCGACGCCCGCGGCGAAGAGCUCGCGGCGGCGGAGAAGGCAUGGAGCGAUUGGCUCGCGAUGGAGGAUUGGAUGGUGGGCCCCGAUGCGCCGGAU